AUGUCGCUCCGCUCACUUGAUAUGAGCGACCAAGACAUCGAAAAUGCUCUGGUACCUGGAGCUGCCGGAGGGCUUUCUCUCCAACAAUAUCCUUAUGAGUGCCCAGACCCAAGCUUUGAGUAUGCCAGUGAGAGAGAUUUCCUCAAGCCUACUGUCGUGAACCCCUACGGACCACCAUCAAAAACACCAUCAAAAACUAAGAAACUGUGCGAUCAGGCAGGGCGACCAACUGCUGUCCCGAACCUCGACGAUGUUGAGGCCUUCAUGUCUGAGCCAGAUUAUGUGGAACAACCAAAGUCUGAACUAGAAACUCUGCUUGCAUCUCAGCACAUCCAGAACCCAUACCCUUACCCCGGCGACACUGCUCUUCUGCCAUCAUACAGCUCUGAGCCCCCAGAAUCCACCUAUGCAAUCAAUCUGAGAGAGCAAGUGAAGCAUGCUCUUGCAAAUGCUUGGAAGUAUGAUCCGAUUGGAUGCUCGGUCAAGGCCGCCUUUCAGGUCGCUCGAGAUCUACCUAGUAUCCCAAACCAUAGCCUCGCCAAGCAAGAGCACAGCUGGACCACAGGAGGGAAGUUGACAACGGUGAAGAAAGCGCGAAACGCGGCUCGGAUAGAUUUCGAGCAAGCCAGAAAACAGUACGAGUGGAUAAAGAGCUCGGAUGAGGAUGAUGAGAUUCUCAACUUCACUGGUACUAUCAUCGACCAAGAACUUGACGAGUUCUAUGGCCCCGAUGGUACUGAUCUACGUCCUAUUGACAAUGGCUCUGAUGAUGAAGGCUUCUGUGAGCCAGAUACCAUCGUCACCACAACAUUCUCGUUGCCUGAUAAGUCUCUUUUGGAAGAAGGAGUUACCCCGGGAGGGAUCUUCCAAGACUCGGGCAUUUCCAUGGAUGAAGGUUACGCCGAAUAUUCUCUUGCCCACUCACUCCCCAACACUGCCAAAGAAAUCACGGGAAUGGUCCCAAGUGAUUGGCCAACAUUCAACGCAGACGUCGCAUCUCUUCGAGUCCCGAUUCAGAGAGGUCGAUGGCUCGGACUGGUUGGAGACCAGAAGCAGUGUCAAUGGCCUGGAAGACGGCAAGGGCCUUACGAUCUUGAUGGCCUUCACUCUUGGGUUCGCGCUUCGAACAGCGAUCAUGUGGAGAUUCUGAAUGAACCUGAAGCUGGCAGCAACGGUAGUCAAGAUAUGGCGGGGUCUUUCACUCCGCAGCCUGUUGUGAGAGAGACUUCCGUUGGUCGCGAUAUCGAAGCGGCCGUUAGCCAAGAUGUCGACGCCACAGGUGCACGAUUCACGGCAGCUUUGGCUGUUGCUGAAACUCGAGAUGCAGACCAGAUGGUGGACACCCCAAUUGUCGACACUACUUAUGAGUCCCCACUGUCAGCUAAGGUCACAUUAUCAAUCGAGCCGGUGGAGCGUGCUCAAGAAGUUUCCGAACCUGUUGAGGGGAAAGUCAACGACAAGCCCUCGGAAUCUACACCUCAACUUUUGGGCCAGGAGCAAUCUCACUUUCUCCAUGGCAACAACAAGAGCGGAAGAUUAAUCGAAAAUGAAGAACGAUUUCAUGAACUUCCCACCUCCGACAAGGAAACAGACAACAACAAGACUUCCGAAGUUGUACCUCAAUUGGUGAGCGAGGAGCGAUCUCAACACUUUCCUGGCUCCAUCGAAAACGGGAGCGACAACGAACCCUCUGUAUCUACACCUCACGUCAUUGGAGAAGUCCCACAGAUCCAAACUGACGUAAAGGUGCAUGUGCGUCGCAACAUCCUUACUACGCCAUUCACCACCCCAGUGAAUCAACGAAUCAGACAGGUCCAAAAGGUCCAAGUGGAUACACCAGCAACUCCUGCGACGGUCAACAUCAAUCUCACGCCGGAGUACGACAGUGAUAUGGAUGCUGACGAUGCCUCUGAUGGCAGCCUCGAAGUUGGCCUGCCCAGUUCUCCAACCAUUGAUACUCAAAAGGGGCAGAGCGCGCUGGGUCGUUACGUGCAAGAGACGAAAUCGCAACCAAAUCUCGCCCUUCAAGGCAGUAGCACGGUUAGCCUUGAUGGCAGCGAAUCCGAGGAAGUUUUGCUGAUUCCCACGCAGCAGCGCCCCAGCCCACCAGAGGGCCAUGCAGGAUUCAGCAAAGGUGUGGAGCUCCAUCAGAAGAAGAGCGAUGCGGUAUUCACUCUCGGCACGCCUAAAGCAUCACAAGGAACCCCCUCUUCUAGCAAGGCAGCUCAUAUCCCCGCUACACCAGCAAAUGGAGAGGACUCCGCCUCCCUCCGCCCUACCACGCCUUUCCAGCAUGACGAUCGCAACCAUCGCUUCGAUAGUCCAAGCACGCCCACUCCGGCGUCUAAACCUGACGAACAGCCUCGCGGUGACUCUUCCCCUAGCAAGAAGAGCGUCAUGAAAAUCUUCCAGAGUUCAAAGCUGGGGAUCCGGAGCCCAGAGCGUGCAAGACCGAGCCCCGAGAUCGCCGUCGCCCCUACUACCCCCGCGGCCGGAGCUGGAGCCGGUGAGCAGUAUCGCGGUAGCCCUUUCGGCGGCCAGGGCUUGCUUUUCCAGAAGGCGAAGAAGAACGAGAGGGAUACGAAGAACGUGCUCAACAGCCUGAAACUGAGCCCCGAGCGAGGAAGCGGACACCCUGUGCGAGAGGUUCCGGAAGAUUACGGGGAUGAGCUAGCCGGUGAGGAAGGCGUCGAGGUGUACAAGGAAGGGAAAGGGGGUCCAGAGACACGCGGGCCCAUGGGUUCGAGAUUCGAUCUCGGAGCCCGUGGUGGAAGAAAGGUGGCUCAGGCUGUUGUGGUGCCGAGCGUGAGGUCUCGUGACGAGAACGACGGAGGUCAGACUGAGGGAGUGCAGAGCCAAGAGCCGCGGAAGAAGAAACCGAGGAGGUCCACGCGCGGUGUUGGGGGUGCGGAUGUUCCGGAUGCGGGGCCCUUGUUCGAACACCGAGAGGGAUACCAUCACAGCUAG